AUGAGACAGCAGAGUAUCCCAGAGCUCGAUGAUCAUAUUAUCGACUUCCUUCAGGACGACAAGAGCGCACUCCUUGCCUGCUCUCAGGUGUCGCGAGGCUUCAACGCGCGAAGCUGGCAUCAUCUCUUUCACACUCUCGUCAUCACCGACGGGGUCCACUUGAAGCGUUUCCUUCUGAGCCUGCGCGAGCUGGCAUUCCGUAGUCACGUCCAUAGGCUCGUCCUCGGCCGCCAGAAGGGUCGUUGCGCACCUCACACUCAGGAGCGCCUCCAGCUCGACACACACAGUAUCUUGGAGAUCCUCUCAGAGUUGCCAAACCUAAACGUGGAAAAUAUCACCGUCGGGAACAUUUGCUGGUCCGUCGUUGACCUCUUACCUGCCCAUAGUACUCCCACCGCCAGCUCGCAGUCACCCAUCUCUAAUUGCGCAUACGUAUCAUUUACCAUUCACCCUGGCACGACCCACGUGGGAACGGGGCGCGGGAAGAUAUGCGCCUUGCCUGACGACGUCCUGAGCGCCGAUGCGACCGCCUCAGUCACAAAUCCAAAAACCCCCGUUGGGAUCCGGCUCGUCGAGAUCACGGCGUUUCCGCUCUCUGGCGGCUGCACUUGGAUUACAGGAGCGGAAAUGAGUCCUCGAUCCCUCAACGUUAGUGAGAUCGUAUUCCACGUCCGAGAUCCAAACCUGCUCGAGCCAGCCGCCCAUCCGACGCUGGUGGCAGUAAUGAAGAGCGUCCAAGCCGCGGCCGUCCGCUGGCUCUUGCCUGCGAACUUGACGACAUUCAAUGCGGAUAGGGUCGCUCAAGAGCUCCUGCUCGCAUCUGCCGCAUCCUUGGAUUCAUUCACGCUCUGGACCACGCUGAAUCCGUCUGGUCUGUCGCUCACCAUCCAGCAGUGGGCUGCGAACCUGGCGCUGCUGCGGCUAGUUCCGCCGAGUCAUAUCGUUCGCAUUGGCGUCGGUGUCCUCUUCGAUGGCAAGGGAUUCUGCGAGGACGCUCUGGCGCAGGUUAAGCAAGUGAGGUGGCGCAGCCUGCUUGACGUCCUGGAUCGUUUCCCAGCACUGCAUACAGUCGAGGUCUCUGUGGUGGAUAAGGAGGGAGCGGUAGACGAUGAAAUUUGGGUGGUCCUAUGGGAGGUGUUAGACAGCGUGAGAGCUCGAGGAGACGGCGUGCGCUUGGUUCGCGGUAAACCUAGGAUACUUUAGAACU